AUGGGGGCUCCCCAUCCAUUCCGGGGGACUCCAGAGACCACCCCUCUCCAGAGCGAGGGCCCACGGGGGUCUCCAUGGAACCGAGGUGGGGAUGGGGGCCAGCGCCCCCCCCUCCGGGACCCGCCGCAGGGCGCCCCCAAGCGGCCGCCCCGGGGAGGGGGCGAGCGGCACCGGCCACGCCCCCUCGAGGGGCACCGGCCACGCCCCCUCCCGCAAGGCGCGCGCACCCCCCCCCCCCUCCCCGGGGGGCUCACCCACCCCCCCACCCUGGUACCCGCGCCGCACGCGCCCGCCCCGCCCCCUCUUCGCGGGGCCCCAAGACCGGCCCGUGGCCCCAUCCGCACCUCCCGGGACACCGCCGGGGCACACCCGCGGCCGCCACCGCUCAACCCGGAUUCGGGUCGCGGCCCCUUUAAAUGGAGGCGCCGCUCGGAGCCCUCAACGCGCUGCCAGCCGACGGGGGGGCGGCGGCGGCGCCCUAUUGGCUGUGCGGAGCGAGGGACGCGCUCUCAUAGGCCGCGGUGGGGCCUAGGCUCGCGAGACUCGCUCACGAGCGGCUGCCGCGGAAACGCGGAGCGGAGCCCCGAGCUCGGGAUCGGCUCGACAGCCCGGAUCGCCACGGGCGGCUGGAAAACCUGGGGCGGAUCCACCUGGCGGAGCGGGUCCCGGCGGGCGGGCGGCACGGAGCCGGGCGCGGGCGACGGCCGCGGAUUGGCGGGGCACGGCGGGGUGCGGGGGGGGAGCACGAUGGGAGGGGCGGGCCAGAACGGGGCGCCCCGGUUCCCGCCGGUGCCCACGCGGCCGCCCGCAAAGCGCGGAGCGGAUCGCACGGAAUGGGCUCGCCACCCCGCUCCCCGCCCCCCCCUUAACCCUCUCGCUGCCGCCUCUCCCGGCCCCAGCCCCGCUGUCGUCCCGGGGGGUCCGGUCCGGCCGCACCGCCACGGCCUCUACCUGCACGCGGAGGGACCCACCCGGCCGAGCCCGGGCGCCGCCACCGCCUCCCCGAAGCUGGAGCGUCUCCCCGGGGCGGUGAGUGACAGCGCGGCCGGGCGGGGCUUCCGCGGGGGCCCGGGACGCGGCACCGCCCCCGGGAGGGACCGCCCGGGCCGGCGCCCCCAUUCCCGGCACCGCCUCCCCCGGCAUCCCCCUCCCGUGCCCGUGCUGCGCUCCCGCACCGCCCGCAGAGCCCGGCCCUGCGGUUUCCCGGCCUGCGGGCACACGGGGGAGCCGGGGGCACACCGGGAGCGGGCGGCGGAGCUGCGGGAAAGCCGCGGGGGCUCCGCAAGGGCUGUGAGCCGCCCGGGGUCCCGUGCCCGGGAGCGGUCUGGCCGCGGGCGCGCGGCACCUGCGCCGGUGAGGCGGCGGGAGCGGCGGGGUUUAGGGCAAGGCGGUGAAGUGAAACCCGCCCGAGGCACGACACGACCGCGCUCCCAGAGCGCCCGGUGCGCUCCCAGGGGCAGGAGCCGCCUUCCUCCGCACAGCGACGGGAACGGGCUCCGGGCGACGAGGGGGAGCCCGCGGCUGGAGGCGGCAAGGAGCGGGCACGGGGAUGGAGAACACCUAGAGGAGACCGGAUCGGCACAGGCCGGCCCCCCGGCGCUGCCGGGCUCCGGUGCACUGGCCGGGGUGGGGAAGCCAAGGCCGGACCCGCCCCGGAGCCGUCGGGGGGCGCGGCGGGGCGGCACGCGCUCGGCGCCGCCGCUGGCCCUUUAA